GACUUUUUCCAGGCUGACGCAACCGGACACGAUUCACCAACAGAGGAAGAUGAGAACGAGAACGAUAUCUCUAUCGAAACCACUCACGACGGUAUGCUCAAACUCUGCUGCUCUGAUCCGCAAGUGCUCCAGGCGGCGCAAGAGGCGCUUUCUCAGUAUCUGCGAAGUCGUGCCAGACCGUCGGCUGCGGAACGAGAAUUACGCAAGGAACGUCGAAAGAGUAUGCCACUUCAGGCUAGCCAACCUGAAACCCCGGCUAAGCCGCUCGCUCGCACUUUCCACGGUUCCACGCCAAAUCUAGCCGAAGCCGGUCUGGAAGCUGAGAAGAAAACCAUUGAAUCGACAAAGAACCAUGAGGCCAAAAUCAAGAUCGACACAAUUGCUUUUGAGCACAUUAGGGCUUAA